UUCACUCACUCGUAAGACGCACCCUUCUAAUUCUACGCAAAUCAUGGCGGAGCCCCAUUAUUCCAUAAAGGGGUUUCUCGAGUUCUUUUUGUCUAAACUCAGAGGGAAAGGUCAGCCAGGGAAAGAUGAGCCAGGGAAUGCGGAGACCCUGAAGUUCCAAGAUUUCCACAUCGUGGUGGCCGCCCUGAUCGCCGCCGUGACCUUCCAAGCCUGUGUGAAUCCCCCCGGCGGGGUCUGGCAGGAGGACAAGGAGAUGAAUGUGACGACGGGUCAGCUGGAACGCGAGGCGGGGCGGGCCGUUUACGCCUCGGACGAGACGGCCUUCUACGUGUUCCUAGCGUUCAACACGCUCGCCUUUUCCACAUCGAUGUAUCUCCUAAUCUACCUCACCCUGGGCUACCCUUUCUUCUUCGAGGUGGUCGUCGCGAUGGCCUCGAUGGGGAUAACUUACGGGGCCUCGAUCUUCGCGAUCACGCCAAGCGCCUUCACGGCGGGCGAGUCGUUGUUGUCCAUUGCAGCGGUUCCGGUUAUCGUGAGGGUUGCCAUUCUGAUUUACCAGUACGUCAUGUCGGAAAAAAAAAAAGCAAGAACGUCGGGUAGUCAAAAGUGAUGAUGCAUCAUGGUUUUUAGUGGAUUAGCUCUUAAUAAUAGUGUGUUUUCGGUUGGCGUGUCAAUUAGCAAAAGAGAGAGAGAAAGGCACAAUGUUGCAGUUGUAGAAAUCGCAAAUGACUUUGGUCGUGAUGGUCUGCGGAGUAGAAUAAGCAUGUCAUUGGUGAAGCUCUUUCUCUCUAUGUAAGUUUUAAAUCUUGUAAGCACUUUGUGAGAUAAAUAAAUCGUCUGUAUGUAGACCGUUCGUGGAUUGCUGUCUUCCGAUUACAAAUUAUGAAAAAGAAAUAUGAAUCACAACAACAA